CUGAAAGUUGUUUGGCAGCGGAAAUGUUUGCAUGCAGGAAGUGCUUGUUCUUUGAGCUUUUACAGACAAGAACUACAAAACAACCAUGGCUCAGAUUAUGCAUAAGGAAGGUGACGUGGUUCAUGCGAAAAGAAGUAAAACACUGAUUGUUCGCCACCUGCCCUCAGAACUGACUCGGAACGAAAAGGAAGAUCUCCUGAAAUAUUUUGGUGCUGUUUCAGUUAGAGUCUUUUCAGAUAAAGGAAGAUUGAAGCAUACUGCUUUUGCUACUUUUGCUGGAGAAAAUUCUGCUGCUAAGGCACUUUCUAGAUUGCAUCAAUUAGAGAUCCUUAACCAUACCUUGGUGGUGGAGUUUGCAAAGGACCAAGAAAGUGGUCACCUGCUGAGUCAACCACCAAUUUCAGAUAAAAGUUUCAUCAAUUGUCUACCAGUUUCAACGUUUACCAAAAGAAAACCUGUUCUUUCUUUUGGUGUCUUCGUAAGCGGAAUUUACUUUUACCCUACCGAGGUUUCCUCUACUAGAUUACAUUUUCCUCCAAACCCUUGUCUGAAGUAUUUAUAUCCACCACCUACAAAUGGUAUUUUGGCAAAUAUAGCAAAUGCCAUGGCUAGUGUACCAAAAUUCUAUGUACAGGUACUUCACUUAAUGAACAAGAUGAACCUGCCCAGUCCAUUUGGGCCUAUUACUGCUAGACCUCCUCUGUAUGAGGAAUUUGUUCCUGCUCCUCCCCCACCCAUGCCCCCUCUGCCCCCCGAAGAGCCCCCUCUGCCUGAAGAAGAGAUGGAGUUCUCAAGUGAAGAAGAAUCGGAGUAUGAGAGUGAAGAUGAUGAGGAAAAAGAAAGAAUGGUGAGACUGAUGGGACUGGCAAAUCAGCCAUCCAAAAGGCCCCAGAGAAAGAAGCUACUGCCUUCAAGAAAGAAGCCCAAGUUAAAGGACUUGCUCUAUGUGCCCAAACCAGAUUCUCACAGUUCCCAUUCUACACUUCAACCAUCUGAUGUUUUUGAACAACCUCAAUCUUGUGAGCAAAAGAAAAUCGAGUUUCACAUUUCAGCAAAUGUGUCUGGUAUUCUGGAAGGAGGAUUACUUCAGGAGGAGAAUAGACAUGAAACUACAGAGGUGGAGGAAACAGCAAAUGUGGAAGAGGGUGUAGGGUUUGGAAAGAUCUACCCACCCCUCUUAACCAAUGACCAGGAGGAAGGUGGAGAUGAGGAUGAAGAUGAUAUCCCAUCAGAAUUCAUAUCCAGACGAGAGCUAGAGAAAGGCAGAAUCUCAAAAGAAGAAAUCAAAAGACUGUCUGUGUAUAAAAAAUAUGAGCCUGGAGACCCGACAUGCAGGCUUUACGUCAAGAACGUUGCCAAGCAAGUCGAAGAAAAAGACUUAAAGUAUAUCUUUGGAAGAUACAUAGACUUCUCCUCAGACACUGAAAGAAACAUGUUUGAUAUUGUUUUAAUGAAAGAAGGUCGGAUGAAAGGACAAGCAUUUAUUGGACUACCCAGUGAGAAAGCAGCUGCAAAGGCUUUAAAGGAGACAAAUGGAUAUGUCCUUUAUGAUAAACCAAUGGUGGUUCAAUUUGCCAGGUCUGCAAAGCCGAAACAAGAUUCAACAGAUGCCAAAAAAGGACAAAAAAAGUAUUAAGGAUUAGAAAAUGCUCCUGUCAAGUCACUACCAGUACAGUCUUGAAAGGCAAAGAAAAGUGUAUCCUUCCAGUUGCAUCAUAUCCUUUCCAUAUGUUAGUGUUCUCAGAAUUUUACAGACUCGUUUAAAUGCCUACACCUUUUAUUUUGAAACUGUUACUGACCUCAUGUUUAUUUACACACCAACACAAGGCUAGUAGAAAGGUGCUGUCAAAUUGCUUUCUAGUGUACCAUUCAGGAAUGUAUUGCUUAUAGCCUUAAGCAUAUAUAAAAACUUCCAGUGAGGCCUGCACUCCUGUGCCUAUGCUAUGAAGAAACAAAGAAACAAACCUCAGCUUUGAAAGCAUGAACCAACUCCAUUUCAUAUCAGGAAACCUCCCUGCUGGAUUCUCCUCAAGAAUAUCUCAUUCAUUUCUCCAAUGGAAACACAGUACUGUCUGCUUCUUCUAAUGCAGGCUUCUCCCAGCAACCAGACCUGCUGCCCCAGCAUUACAGAGAUCAAAAUGCCCACGCCAGCAGGCUCAACCUCUGGAGCAGCUAUUUUAUAAGGCUUGGCCACUCGCCUAACUUAAAAACCGACAACAGUAUUAACAUUCCGGCUGGAAGCAAUAGUAUGGCCUUGUUCAAUAUUUAUUGUACCUUUUAUAUCUGGUACACCAUGCUGCCUGCUUCUCAAGCGCACUUCCGCAAACACGAUCACCCAGAGCUUCAGGACAGGUGGCAGCACAGCACACCUCUCCAGUUAUGGUCACUGUCUCCUCCCAGCACAACAACCAGGAGAUGCAGCCGAAACAAAUCCCACCCUUCAGUUUCAUAAACAACAUUUUCGAGGACAUGAAGCCCGUCAUUCACCCUUUCACUGUCUCAUUUGCUUCAAUUAAUACACAUGGACAAACAGGUCACUUCCAAUCUCUCAAGCCCAGUAUUCGCCACUCCAGUCAUGGCCGCCGUCUUGGUUCAGCACUUCUGGUCCUCACAGCUGACAUUCCCACUUACAACCUGGCAUCAGCCGUCCUCAAUGGUCCAUAGCACGCACCUGUAGUCAGAAAUCAAGUCCAGGGAACACAUAUGGCUUCUAUUUUUGAUACUUUUGCAACAUUAAGGGCUAGAUUCUCAAAGCUCAUUAAUUUAUUUUUCUGAAAGAACAUUUUCAAGUACAGAUCCAUUCCCCUGACCUCGCACUAGGGGGGUUUUCAGUGAGUCAGGGGACCCCUGGCCACGCUAUCCUUUGCAGCUCAUGCGCUUAUUCUACCUCCCCACGUGAGGCGCUGUCCUUCCUUCGCUCGGGACAUGGCCCGUUUUACGCUCCCAGUGCUCAAGUCCCAGACUAACCCAUCUCUCUGUCUG